UCCUCGCAACUCGCAAGAUCUCCCUCCCCCUUCCCUUUCCUUCCUUCCUUCACAUCUUUGCUCAUUACCAUUCCUUCCAGCCUUAAAACCUGUUAACCUUUAACCGCCUCCUUUUUCCCUCCUCCCUGCGUCCUUCCCUUACUUUCCAUUGCUUCAAUACACAAUUAAUACAACUCACCGCCCACACCACUCCAACAGCCUCUGCAGCGAUGGUAGAUUUGUCUAUAAAAAGAUUGCAAGUUCGGGUAUAAUUAGGGAUUUCUUUUUUCUAAAGUACGUAUGAGGAUUAACUAGGGGUGGAGUGGACGUGAAGUUGAAGAUGAUCCAAUCUGCUGCUCUGGAUUCGAUGUGGAAAGCCGAUGUCGUCCCCAGCGCCUGGCAUUUUCUGUUGGCGGUAUAUUUCGCAGUCGGUUUUGCCGUCGCCAGGUUUUUGUUUGAUAAGCACCUCCUUCAGAGGGUAGCAACAUGGUUAUUGAGCAAUGGAUCUAUUCCACUGAAAAUUAACAAGGCUAGAAGGAUGAAGAUUGCAAAAUGUUCUGAGUCUUUGUGGAAGCUAACAUAUUAUGCCACUGUUGAAUUGUCUGUCCUAUUGGUCAUCUAUGGUGAGCCGUGGUUCACAGAUAUACAGGAGUACUUCAGAGGGUGGCCAAACCAACACCUCAAGCCCUCUAUAAAGCUCAUCUACAUGUGUCAAUGUGGCUUCUACAUCUACAGCAUUUCUGCUCUACUUACUUGGGAAACACGCAGGAAAGAUUUUGCAGUGAUGAUGUCCCAUCAUGUUGUCACUGUUAUCUUGAUUAGCUAUUCAUAUAUUACAAGGUUUUUCCGAAUUGGCUCUAUUAUUCUUGCUUUGCAUGAUGCAAGCGAUGUCUUCAUGGAAGCUGCUAAAGUUUUUAAAUAUUCUGAGAAGGAAUUUGGAGCUAGUGUAUGCUUUGGGUUAUUUGCUCUCUCAUGGCUCGUGCUGAGGCUUAUAUACUUUCCAUUUUGGGUCAUAAGAUCUUCAAGCUAUUACAUACUUUUGUGCCUCAAUUUAUCAGACACUUAUGAUGCCUCCUUGUACUAUGUGUUCAACACAAUGCUAUUGACGCUGCUUGUUUUCCACAUUUACUGGUGGUUUCUCAUAUGUGCAAUGAUCAUGAGACAGCUAAAAAACAGGGGAAAAGUUGGAGAAGAUAUACGUUCUGACUCAGAGGAUGAUGACUAACUGGAAGAAUUUGCUCAAAUUUGCUGUAUGAAGAAUCCGUUUUGAGCAGACUGCCAUAUGAGCAUAGGGCUGCAUCUGGUUGGUAGAAUCAUCUGUUUCCUUGCUCUAAAUCCACUGACUGUUGGUUCUCCAGCUUGCAGGGACUCAAGUGUACUCUUUCUUGUGAUUAAAGAAGAACAGCAAAGAAAGAUGUAGUGCCGCGCGGUUUAGAUUCAGAACCGCAUUUUUGGUGUAUAAAAGCAUAGAUAGCAGGAUCUUCCCCAGUUGUACUUUUUCUUUCCACAGUUAGUGUUGAAAAUGACUGAGCAACGGUUUACCUCCUCCUCGCCUAUCGUUAGUGUUUUGUGCUAAGUUUGAA